AUGGCGAGUGUCCACCGCCGCCCCGCCGCCACCCCCACUUUUCCGGUUCAUGGGCGGAGGGGCCUGGCCGGCAGCGCCCGGCGCUGCGGGAGGUGGCGACGGUGGAUCCGGCCCCGCUCGUCCUCGCGGGGACCUUCGCUCCGAAGCUCUCGGCCCGUAUGGGCCUGGGGUGGAACGGGUGAGGACGGGACGGGUGGUACCACGGCCAGUGCUCCCCUGUCUGCAUCCCCGCCCCGCAGUGAGGCCAUCCGCACGCCCGACGGCGGGCAGCUCAUCCUGGAUUGGGCCGAUGACGGCAGCGCCGCCGAAUGCCCCACGGUGCUGCUGCUGCCGGGGCUGACGGGGAACAGUCAGGCCGCCUACAUACUGCACCUGGUGCGAGAGGCGUGCGGUGCCGGCUACAGGGCCGUCGUGCUUAACAACCGGGGUUGCCGAGGUGAAGAGCUGCUGACCCCCAGGACCUUCUGUGCCAGCAACACCGAGGACCUGGAGACGGUCAUCACACACAUCCGCCACCAAUACCCACACGCCCCGCUGCUGGCUGUCGGUGUAUCACUGGGAGGGAUGCAGGUGCUGAACUACCUGGCGCAGGCAGGACACGCAGCGGGGCUGGUGGCCGCCAUGGCCAUUUCUGCAUGCUGGGACUCCAUGGAGACAACGGCGUCGCUGGAGCAGCCACUCAACACGUGGCUCUUCAACCGCCGCCUGGCUGCCGGGAUGCGGCACCUCAUCCGCAGGCACCGCGCGGUGAUCGGGGACACGGUGGACGUGGAGCACAUCCUGAAGGCACGCACCAUCCGGGAGUUUGAUGAGCGUUACACAGCUCUCGCCUUUGGGUACGGCUCCUGCACGGAGUAUUACCGUGCCGCCAGCCCCGCCAGCAGCCUGCACCGCAUCCGCGUGCCCACGCUUUGCCUCAACGCCGCCGACGACCCCUUCUCCCCCCUGCACGCCAUCCCCGUGGCGGCCGCCUGGCACCUGCCCCACGUGGCACUGCUGGUGACAUCGUGCGGUGGCCACAUCGGAUUCCUGGAGGGGCUGCUGCCACGGCACGGCGGCCUCAUGGAGCGCCUCUUCCUGCAGUUUGUCACCGCCGUGUUCCAACAUGGAGAGGAGCUGAGGGGGCUGCAGGAAGGGGGAGCUGCGGAGGGGUUCAGCACCUGAUGUCCCCUAUGAACCCCCUUCCAAAUCCCAAUAAACCCAUUUCCAUCCCUACUGAA